UACACUUCACUUGUCUUGGCGGAAUUGUCUAAUAAUGGUCAAUAAAAUAAUAUUAAUCUGUUUAAUAUUUGUUUGUCUGGACUUAGAGUUUAUAAAUUGUUUUCCAACUUCCAAGAUUGUAAAUUCGAGUCGUCAAAGAAGACUUAUAUUGGGAGUACCUUGCCGACAUAUAAAACACACUGGCAGUUGUAUUGACAAGAAAAUAAACAAUGCACAAAUCAAAGAUAUUUUAAAUAUGUCUGAGAGUACGAAUACUUUUGAAUUGCAACCAUUUGUAGCACCAGAGAAAACUGUUCCUGAAGCCGGUGCAUGGGUAGAUGGUCUUUUAAGAUUCUUGGGAUAGAGGUGGACUAAAAAAGUAGUUUUAAUUAAUGCAUAUGUACUAAAUAUACCUUAAAAAUAUACGAAAGAUAUCUUGUCAUUCUAAAGUACUUUAUGUGGCAAAUACGAAUA